AUGUGUCAAGCGCAUUCUGAAGUAAUCGAAGAAGAGUCUUACAUAAAACAUCGUAUUUAUGAAAGAUGUCAGGAAUUUUAUGUUCAUGCGAAAGCUGUUUUACUUGAACAACGAGAAACCAUAGAGACUUCUAAUCCUUCAUCAUGUUUAUCCGAUGCUCUGGUGCCGGAAAUUCGUGUUAGUAGCCGUCGUAAUUUACCGAAAAUUAGUUUACCUGCGUUCUCAGGCGAUUAUCAUGCCUGGAGAUCAUUUCAUGAUUUAUUCGCGUCCAUGGUAGGCGAGAACGAUGAUCUUACAAACGUAGAGAAAAUGCAUUAUUUGAAAACGUGUCUUAAAGGCGACGCUGCUCGGCUCGUAAUCAACCUUAAAGUUACUGAAAACACAUUUUCAAUUGCCUGGAAAAACUUAGUCUCCCGUUAUGAAAACAAGCGCGUAUUAAUUUCCGCUCAAUUAGAUAGAUUACUUAGCUUGAAGCCCAUAAAAUCAAAAUCAGCGCAAGAGCUAAAUACAAUGAUCGCUACUGUCACUGAAUCGUUAGGAGCCUUGGAGGCUUUGAAUUGUCUCACUAGCGCGUGGGAUCCUCUUUUAGUGCAUCAGUUAUCUCGUUUAUUAGAUGAAGAUACUCGUGAAGCUUGGGAAGUGAAGCUAGGACCAUCCACAUCGUAUCCCACCUUAAAAGAAUUUGAGGAAUUCGUAAUUGGUCACACUAGAGCUUGGGAGAGCUUAGGUUCGUCGAUCAAACCUGUUAAAGAUAAAGGACGUUCAUCUUGGCCAACUAACAAAUCCGAUACAAAAUCUCGUAGCAUGAUUGCUACAGCUCCAACAACAAAAGGUGGAGUAGAAUGCCGGUUGUGUAAGUCCGCUCAUUACUUAUUUAAUUGCCCAACUUAUUUGUCGCAACCUCUCGAACGACGUAAACGCACUGUCCUCAAAUUAAAUUUAUGUUUCAACUGCUUAGGAAGUCAUGCCGCUAAUCGCUGUCCAAGUUCUCGUCGUUGCAGGAAAUGCAGUUACAAACAUCACACUACCUUGCAUGACGAUCGUAAAUCACAUUUAAAAUCUGUGAAUAAAACUGAUUCGGACACUUCAACUAUUAACGCACCGUCGUCGUCUGCUUCUAAUUCAGAACAGAAAUGA